AUGUCGAAUGUUCAAGACUCUGUCCCUGGCGGAAUUGCAAAAACAGAGAAGGAGACCCACACUCCGGACAAUGUAUCGUACCAUGUUGUUCAUCAAAGCGGGACUGUCCAUGAACUCGGCAACAUUGUAGACCCUGUUCUUAGUGCUAAGACCCUUCUGGUAAACGAGGCCAUCAACGAGAUUGGUUGGACAAACUUCCACCUGAAGCUCUCUUGUCUCGCCGGCUUCGGUUAUGCCGCCGACUCCCUCGUCGUUUUCCUCCAAAGUGUCGCGGCAUCUCAAGCAUACCUCGAAAUCGGAAAUGGCGGCUAUCCGACCGGUUAUGCUAUGGCCCUGUACGGUGGCCUUUUGGUCGGUGCUUUAUUCUGGGGUUUUAGUGCCGAUGUUAUCGGCCGAAAGAUCGCCUUCAAUGUGACUCUUUUCUUAGCAGCCAUCGCUACGAUCGCUGCAGGAGCGGGUCCGAAUUGGGUAGGUUUCUGUGUCUUGGUAGCUAUCCUAGGCUUCGGUGCUGGUGGUAACCUUGUCCUGGACCCUACUGUCAUGCUCGAGUUUGUUCCAGCCAGGCAGCAGUGGGUUAUCACUGCCAUGGCUGCAUGGUGGGGCAUUGGACAAGCCAGUGCUGGCUUUAUUGCCUGGGGCUUCUACUCUCGACCUGAGUGGUCAUGCACAGCCGAGACCGAAUCAUGUACUUGGCAAAGUAACAAGGCCUGGAGACUCAUCAUGUUCACAGGCGGUGCUCUAAUGUUUGCCAUGUCUGCCCUUCGAAUUCUUAUCAUUCAAUUACCCGAAACUCCAAAGUUCUUGGUCGCAUCUGGCAAGGAAGAAGAACUUGUUGCCAUGCUUCAAAACCUUGCUUCCAAGUACCGUCGACCCUGUUCCCUGACUGUUGAUGCCCUCAGAGCAUGUGGUACCACUGAUGCCUCUGAGCAAAGUGGACGUCCUGAUUCUCUCAAGGGUUUGGGUAAGAGCCUUGUUGGACAUGUCCGAGGCCUGUUCUCUACUAAAAAACUCGCGCUUUCUACCUCCCUUAUUUGGUUUUCUUGGACAUUGAUCGGUUUGGGAUACCCACUCUUCUUUCUCUACCUCCCGACCCUUAUCAGAAGCCGUCUUCCCGACUAUGCACCCUCUUUCACCGAAACAUGGCGCGACUACACCAUCACCAACAUCUGCGCCAUCUUCGGUCCUCUUAUUGCAGCCGGUCUGACUGAAGUCAAGUUCCUCGGCCGUCGAUACACCAUGGUUGUAGGUGCUGUUGUAACGGCUAUCUUCUUCUUUUGUUACACCAUCAUCAAGACACCAGCUCAGAACCUCGCCAUCAGUAGCUGCAUCUCUGUUUGCAUCAACCUUUACUAUGGUACACUGUACGCAUAUACUGUCGAAGUGUUCCCUUCUGCGCACCGCUCGACCGGAAAUGGUGUCGCCGUCGCGCUGAAUCGUAUCAUGGGCUUGUUAUCUGCUGUCAUCUCUGUCACUGCGGACACUACAACUGUAACACCCUUGUAUAUCUCAGCUGCGCUCUUCCUUGUACUGGCUAUAAUCUCUACUAUUCUUCCUUUUGAGCCCUAUGGCCACAACGCGUCUUGA